GCUUAUAACGGGCACAAGAAGUAUCAUGCGCUCAAGUUCCAGGCGGUGAUGCUACCAAACGGGAUGUUCGGGCAUCUGUUUGGACCGUUUGAAGGCCGGCGAAACGAUAACUUCCUCCUUCACGCUAGCAAGCUCCUCGAGAAGUGUGCUCGCUUUGCUAUAUGGCCAGGCUCAUCAGAGAACUCCCCGCUCGAGCAACGGUAUUUCCAGCUCUUCGGUGAUGCAGCUUACGGGAUCUCUCCGCAGCUCAUCAGUCCAUUUGCGGGAGCUCGGCCACGGACGGAGGAGGAGGAACAGUGGAAUGUGGCGAUGGGUUUGGUGCGGGUCCAGGUUGAGCAUGGGUUUGGUUUGGUGACAAGUACGUGGCAGUACUUGAACGCCAACUGGAAGAUGCAUGUGUACUCGUCACCGGUUGGGAGAUAUUACCGUGUUGGUGUACUUCUCACUAACAUCCUCAACUGCUACCGCCCUAACCAAGUGUCGCAAUAUUUUGAUUGUGAACCCCCAUCGAUUACCGAGUACUUGCACCACUGA